AUGGCGGCUCACGCUCCGGUGGCGAGAGUGCCCUUUGCACCACUCGAUAACCCGCGACUCCAGCAUCUAGCCAGUGCGAAGAAUCGCCAGAGUGGUAUGUCCACGUCCAAAAAACGCGAGAUAUACACGUAGCUUACCUUCGCGUCGUACCUCAGGCCUCGUCUCGCACAAGUCUACCGGCAAGCCCAGUGGCAUUGCCAAGGUGUCGACCUCUACAACUGCCGGAAAGAGAUCGUAUGAGCCCUCAUUCGACUUUGAUAGUGAGAAUGUCGAUCCGGCCAUGUUCGACUCGUCUCCUUCCAAGAAGUCCAAGAGCGAUGUGAAGCCUUUUACGUUUUCUCUCUCGACUCCCAUCAAGUCGAUGCCGCCGCCUCCGAUGCGGACUCCCAUGAGGGCCAAAAUCGGCUCGCCGCGCGCUCCCUCGACCGCACCGGCGGGGCGUUCCCCCAAGAGGAAGCUGGCGGGUUCCAGACGCAUCUCAGCGCCUUUCACACGCGUCGAUCCGCCUUCCAGGAUGGCAUCUGUGCUGCCUUUUAGUUUGGACGCGGCUUUGAGCUCGUCGUUUCCCUCUUCGAAGCAGAGCUGCAUGCCGAAGAAUUGGUUCUUCGAAAUCUACGAGGAUUCUCCGGAAGAGGAAGCUGCGAACUUGAUGGAGCACAGCACGUUGACGCUGGACAUCAGCUCGGAUGAGGAAGGUGGGAAGAAAGACCGCGAGGAGAGAGGGAAGGAGAAUACGCCGCCGGAGGGGUACGACGUGCCGCUCUUGAGGGAGAGCGAGGUUGUGAGAACGAAGAAGGUUUGCGAGGAGAUGGAUGAUGGGGAGAGGAGCCCGCUGUCCGAUCUCGAGGCCGAGCCAUUCUUUGCAGAAGGGCUGAGCAAGGAGUCCUGUGUUGUGGUGGAUGAGGAGAAGCCGUCCUUGGAGUCGAGGGUUGUGGAUGGGGAGAAAGAGAAGCCCUUCGCUGCGUCGGCGGGUGAAGAGUCGAAGGUCGUCGUCGAGAAAGAGAAGCUCUUCGCUGCGCCGGCGGUGGAGGAGUCGAAGGUCGUCGUCGGUGAGAAGGGGGAUGUCAAGGGAGAGAUUAUUGUAUGGGAGGACGCCUAA